UAGAAGGAGUGACCGAAUUAAGUUUCAGCCUAGUCGGACCAAAAGACAGUGACAGAGAUGCAACAAUCUGUCGGCGUGCAAACUGUCAAGGCGCUGAAAAAUGCAGUUGUCUGCCUCAUCCUGCUGCCUCGCUUUCUCAUGGCAGCGCUCAUGCUGUGGCUGCUUGAUUUUUUGUGCAUACGGAAGAAGGUGUUACUUAAGAUGAGAGAGCAAGAAGGGAGUCCCGACGAUCCCCCACUGUGCGUCUCAGAUUCGAACAGAAUGUUCAGCUGGGAGUCGCUGAAAGCGGUCUGGCACGGUCAUAAAUUGGACUUCUUUAAAUCGGCACAUCUUGGAUAUGCAGCGCCGAACACUGAAGUUGUGGAGCUCAGGGAUCGGAGGAAAAGCCGGAUUCUUGACCACGCAAAAGGGAAGAGACCGCUCAUCCUAAACUUUGGUAGUUGUACCUGACCGCCGUUUAUGACACGCCUGAAGGCGUUCCAGCGGCUUGUCAGUCAGUACGCUGAUAUAGCAGACUCUCUUCUGGUAUAUAUUGAGGAAGCGCAUCCGUCAGACGGUUGGGUGAGCUCCGACGCACCUUACCAAAUCCCUAAGCACCGAUGUCUCGAGGAUCGACUGAAAGCGGCACAGCUGAUGAACCUGGAGGUCCCUGGAUGCCUUGUAGUUGCUGAUAGCAUGGAGAAUUCGUCGAACGCCGCUUAUGGAGCAUAUUUCGAUAGACUUUAUAUACUCCAGGAUGGAAAGGUUGUCUAUCAGGGAGGUAGAGGACCGGAGGGAUACCGAAUCUCUGAGCUGAGGAAUUGGCUUGAUCAAUACAGGAACAGUGUUGAGAAUUCCAGAACUGUGGUGAUUCAUGUUUAAUAAUGAUACAAAACUCACCUGGUAUUUACAAAAAUUCCACAGAAAAAAGAAACAAAUGUUCAAAAGCUGCUAUAACAAUGUUAACAUGCUGCAACUCCUUGUCGGUUGUGGCUUUAAGUAUUAUUAUUCAUAGAACUGUUAAACAUUUUUGUAAUAUGUAGUUUAUUGUGUUCGUGAUGUUAAACGCACGAUGAUCGCAGGAUAGCUUGUUCUGUUCGUGUUUGUCUGUUUUCGCCUUAGUCACCAUAACUAACUCGUGAUACCCGUUAGUUAUCAACUGUACAUUUGUAAAUAAGUGUUGAAGAACUAUGCCGUUGUUGUAGUUAUUGUUCUGUCAAGUUUCCGAAAGUGUGACUGCAUGUAUGAAAGUGAGAGAGAGUGUUUAAUAUCCGUAUGGCCAUUACCGUUUACUCUAGUUUCGUUGUGAAGUUCGGUUUUUAAAAGGUUCACAACCAGAAAACCGAUACUGAUGUAAUUUGAUACUAGAGCACUCGGCGAUGAGCAAUUUCC